AUACGAAAUUGCGUGAAAACAGUUAUUACGUGUUUUUAAAAAUUUUCCACUAUAAUUCCAGCAUUCAUUCCUCGACGAUAUUACUAAAAGGUCUGGAUUAAAUCUAGAUCAUCGCAUCCAUGUCAAAUCCAAAUACGAAUCUAGACCAGAUUAAUCUCCCGUGCGGCUCCGCCCUGAUAAAAGUUUAUCGCGCCAGCUUGAAAAACGGGUCGAAAGGAGCACAAUAAGAGGGGACCGCGAUGCGGCUGUCUGGCGCCGUUCAGUCAGCUCUCAGCCAGCGACUGAUGAACAGCGCAAAAUCGCCGACAGCGAAGACUUGCGCCAGACAAGUUGCCGAGGAGGGAGGCGCGAUCAUUGCAUAAUACCAGCGGGCGCGCUAGGAGUCGGAAAUGAUCGAGGCUCGCCGGUGCAUCAGCGGCAAAGAGGAUCGAAGCUUUGCUUGAGGACGCAGGCAACGAGGAUCAUGCUCGGACACCCGGACUGGCGGCCCUCGGUGGCGAUAACGUGCACUCUCGCAGUGAUUCUGGCGGCGGUCGCUUGGAACAUGCGGAGGAAGUCCUCGAGCCAGAGCAAGUGCGAGGGAAAUGGGAAGGAGACGAAGACAAUCAGCGAGAUGAACGGCCUCGGCAGCGCGAAACAAAAUUCGGACGCGGCUCCUGCUCGGAGCAACGACACGAUUCCCGAAUUACCGGAUCCGAAAUGGGUGAAAGUGGGACAAGUCCAAGAAUUGUACAUCUACCCGCUGAAGUCUGGACGCGGGAGGAACCUCAGCGACUGCAACUUCACCGAAUUCGGGAUCAGCAUCGAAGACGAGAGGAAGUGCACGCUUCGAGACAGAAUGUUUCUAGUGUACAACGAGGAGACCGGUCGCUUCCAGACUGGCAGACAGUAUCCAACGAUGAUCCUGGUGAGCCUGUCGGCGGUGGAUGAGGAUAAAGUGAAACUGGAAGCCGUAGGGAUGCCCAGCGUGGUGUUCAAUGUACCGAAAUGCGCGGAGGACAACCCUGAAGCUGUUCAGUGUACCAUGUGGUGGGGAGAACCAGUUAUGUGUAUCGAUUGUGGACCACAGGCUGCUGAAUGGUUGUCGAGAUUUUUAACCGGGACGAAUUCCGGUCUCCGAUUGGGCUGCACGACGCUAGAUAGGAGGGACCUGACCACCAAUCCAUGGAGCAAGUUCAUUAAAGUAUACAGCACGCUUCAGAAUGAAGAUACCGGUUUGUUCAGCGAUUUGGCAGCUUACAUGCUAAUGGCCACGAAGUCCGUGGACGCGCUGAACGAGAAAUUAGAUGCACCAGUACCUGCCCUACAGUUCCGUCCAAAUAUCUUGGUCUCCACGCAGAAGCCGUUCGAAGAAGAUAACUGGGAAUGGAUCAAGAUAGGCGAGAAGGCUGUGAUUAGGAACGUGAAACCGUGUGCGAGGUGCAAAUUCAUUCUAGUGAAUCCAGAAACUGGCGACGCGGAGGCUGACGAGCCACUCAGAACCUUGAAGAGUUUCCGUCAGCCUUCAGAUCCAGCGCGACUCGCACUCGAGGGGACAGCGCCAACGAUAGGAAUCUAUUGCGGAGCUUACAUCCCUGGGAGAGUGAAAACCGGCGACGAUGUAUACGUCCACAUGGCGGACGACUCGCAGUCAGCGGAGUCAUCCUGAGCCGUCCAGUUAGAAUUUACAAUUUCACGGGAGGAGUUCUCUACCCACUGCCUUCGCUUCCGAGAAUAGAUAGCGUCACUGAUCGUUAAACUGUUAACAUUUCCAUAAUAAUACCACGGAAAUGCUUCCCGAGAUGACAAUAUGAUAUACAAUUUUCAACGAAGGAUUGUUGUUGUUGAAUACAAGCGAACACAGUUUCUAUGGCUAUGAUAAUCGAAGUAUUU